AGCGCAGAAAUAAACUAUUCUUUGCUUUCAUAGGUCAUUCUAGGGGUAUAGUCAACGAUUAUCUAAUUAUGAAGCGACUACAUCGGGAGAUAUCUGGACUCUCUGUGGGGGAAGUGCACUGCGAGGUGCCGUCAAAAUCCAGACGAUGUUCCAAUGACAGUUUUGGUCGCCAUCGAAAUGAAAACGAAUACAACAUUCGGCGCUUUGCAUUUUCAAAAAAGAGUAUAUUGCAACACAAAUGUGUUCCUGUGACAAUGGGUGGUCGUAGAUGCUGCCCUGAAAGGCUUAUGGAUUUGGCGUCAAAAGUUUGCGCAGAGACAUUGCCCUUCCAACACGUCGAGGAACAAUGUUCAAGAGUGCCCGCCCCCGUUAUGCAGAAAUUUAUAUUUUGGUCGUUUCCCAGACAAGAGAGCGAUAUAAGGCGAUAUAGUGCACUGACUUACGAUAGUACCGCGUAUUCGGCAUCAAAUACGUCACCUAUGACGUCAUCACAAUCCGCCCAACGACAAGUGCCAGACAUCACAAGCAGCCAAUUUCCCAAUUCCAAUCAUAGAAAUUCUGAAUUAGAAAAUCGAAUUGGAGAAAACAGUCUAACAUCUUUCAGUAAUUUUGGAGUUGUGACGUCAGAGGUCGAAGGUCAGGAGCUAACGUUUGAACAAGGAACAGCGAUGGCAGAAACUGGACGAGUGAAAGAAGCACUUCAAAUCGGUUUUCAUUUGAGCGGAAAAGUGGAACAAGAUGGAUCGAAUGCAACACCUGGGCAAAGUCAACUCAGGCAAGAUGCCUCUGACACGUUUCAUGUAGCUAUCACAUUUGAUCGAUGCAAAAUCACAUCUGCGUCUUGUGACUGCAACAGUGGAGAAAUAUUUUUUUGUAAACACGUGGUGGCGCUGGCAAUCUUCAGGAUUCGAAAGCCUCAUAAGGUUACAAUUCGAUCACCAAUAUCUGAAACUUUGCAACAAAUGGAUCGAGAUCAACUUCAAAAAUUAACGCAGUAUCUGCUUGCACGCCAUAAUCGAGUUCUUCCAGCCGCACAGAAAGUUGCUGAUUCUUUGUUUGACCCAAAGUCAGAACUGAAUGUGAUCAGAGGAGCUCCUGAUCCUACAGCCGGAGCUGGUCUUAUAGACGAGGAUCGAUGGUCUCUGGAAGAUAAAAAAGCUACCCGUCAUGUUUCAAAUUUAUUGCAAAAUACAAAUAAACAAGAAAGUGCGUUACAAUUACAAAGUCUCUUGACCAAGGUACGAGAAAUGCUGAAAGCUCGGGACAGCAAUGGAUCUCGACUAUUAACUUUGAUCACAAACGAACUGAUGCAACACUGCAGUACACACAAUCAUAACCAAUCAACUCAAUCCUUGCUUCCACCUCAACCUGAUAUAUGCAGAAUUAUGUGGGAUCAACUAGGUUUAUUGUGGGUCUGCGUAGUCUUAAAUCCAAAGAUAUCCUCACAAGAGAGACAAUCAUUUGUAGUUCAACUUCAAGAAUGGGGAUCACAGCCACACUGUCCUCCCGAAUCUGGAGAGGAGAACCAGAAUCAAUAUGGUCAAGCUCCACGUUCUGGCCGCACUGUGCUAUCACGAGCAAUUGAUGCAGGAACUAUGCGUUGGGAUGACGUACAUUUACGAAGAAUUUUGGAUGAUUGCAAGUCUUCGUCAGAGUCAGGUCGUCAAAAAUUUCAAGAUGAUCAAACUCAAGAAUUUCACGAUGACGAAGGAAAACCUCUGUGGCAUGAAUACGUUCCUACCGCCUGUGCCAGAGUCGAAGCCCUGCGUUCUCAUGGAUGCCAGAAAGAAGCCAUUGCUCUUGCAUGUGCUAUUACUCGAACAAUAAAGAGGAAGUUCAUGUCAAAUUUCAACACUUACAAAGAACAUCAAACCAGUAAAAGUACGAAAACUCUAGAUGAAACAUUGCUUCCAAAAUUAUCACAAGGUUUGAUUGGCCAUCCUCUUCGACCCGUCCACAUAUUAUUUGAUACCUUGACUGGAGCCAAAGAACUUUGUGAACAAUCCAUUGAUACCGAUUCCACUAAACUUGCAGCUUUUGAAAUAACUUUGUUAAUCAUGGGACAACAGAGACUAAUGCCGGAGGGCCAACACAGCCAGGAUAAAAUGAUUUCUAGUGAAUUAUCACUGAUAAAUCAUUUGAAUAAUCUUGAACUCGACGACGAAAUGAUCACAGUAUUGAAAAACGUUUGUCAAACAUUGGUUGAAGGUGGACCUACAAGUGGUCUUGGUCUACCACUUCACAGAGAAUCUGUUCCACUUCACAGCUUUGCAAAGUACCUAUUCCAGUCAAUACUUCCAUAUGACCGCAAGCUUGCUUUCAGGGUUGGAAUUCGAGCAAUGAAAACUCCGGUUUAUCAUCGUCACGAGCCGAAUUUUUAUCCUGAUCUACACUCUCAUGUGGUGGCACCGGGACAUGAGCAUUCCGCUAUAGGUUCUACGUUUCCGGAACAGCGAGCACAUCACAGACCUCAACCGGGUACAAGAUGGCAUAUCAUGGAUAAAUUGGAAGCGAAUCAAUGCUCUUUAGCUUCAAUAUUGAUUCAAACAGCGAAAGGUGAAGUUCUACUUUUGGGAGAAGUGGUCGAAAGUGUACAGAAAUAUAUCUGUAAUCCAACUCAUAUUUUUCAACUUUCACACGACGCAUACAAAGCAGGAACACCACCACUUGGGUCUCCAGAUUCUUUGAUGCUUAACGUUGCUUUGCAAAUGGGAAUGCAGGUCUUGCGAAUGACAAUACGUGGUGGUACUUGGAGAAGAACAGAAAUGGUUGGAUGGUUGGUAACUUGUGCAACUGAGAUUGGACUAUGUGCUCUUAUAUCAAUCAUAAGGACUUGGAACACACUUUUCACUCCAGUAGAGGCAACGACAAUGGUUGCCAACUGUGUGGUUUCGCCUAAUACUGCGAUGAGACUCAACCUUGACCCUAGACAAAGAGACGAAUUAUUUCACUGUGUAUGUCAAAUGGCAAUUCAAUGUGCAGUCAAAGAUCCUCAAUCAUGUGCUUUACCCUGCCUCACUUUGUGCGAGAAUUUACCUUCUGCCUUCGACGCUGCUUAUCAUGUUGUUAUCGAUUCUUCAAACAAAAGAAGAAUGGAUGCAGCUCAACUGUAUAAUAUAGCGAGAUAUCUUGAACAACUUGGAUUAAGACAAAGAUCAUUUACUGUUGCUUUUGCUGCUACGCGUUGUCUCACUAUUGCUUUCAAUCAUGACACACAUCCUGCUACAAGUGACCUUCUUUGGACAAUGCAGCUUGCUCAAUCGUUAGGUCGGAAUGAACUUACACAAAUGGUAUCUGUGGUCAGUCGUAAUGUGAAAUGUGCUUCCGUCAUAUCUGAUGUUCUACGAACUUGCACGUCAGGUGUUAACUCAAGAGACACAACGAAUCUGGCACACUUUGGAGAAAGAAGUUUGCGAGCUGAUGGUCCAAUACUCCGUCCUUUGCUUGAGGUUGCUAUUUCUGCAUACGUCAGUACAAUUCAUGCAAAACUCAGUCACAUAAGCCCUAGACACUACACCGAAUUUAUCGAUUUUUUGAAUAAGGCUCGUGAAACGUUUCUGCUCGCUUCAAAUGGACCAGCACGUUUUGCUCAUCUGACUGCAAAUUUGAAGAUGGUUUAUAAAGGAAAAAAGAAACUUCUUAACCUGGUCACACAUAGAUUUGGUUGAUCAAUUUGCCAAAGUUCAAUGAGUCAUGAGUUCCUCGGAAUAGACGUUCAACAGUUGAAAAAUAUUAUAAGUUUGCAUAGUAUAAAGACUUGGCUUUGCCGUGACUUUUAUCUUUGCUCAGAAGAUCUAGGCAAAUGAUAUUAGAAAUUUCUGAGGUUUGAAUUGUUUUCUUCAACCUUAAGCUGUGUUUAUGUUCCUGCUCGUUAUCUUCAGAAUUUUCUUUUGUUUACAACUCUUUCGGUACUACAAUCACUGUUUAUUAUCGCUUUUAUAAACAUAAGUAUUUUGUUUCAAACAAACGUAAAACAACGAACCCAUUUUUAGUAUUUCUUACUCCUCUCCUUCCCUAUUUCUCCCCACUCCUGUCCCAAAAGUGAUAUUUCCUCGGUUCAGUUACGAAGUUUAAAUCAAAUAUCAAAUGAUAUUUUUCAAAUGAACAUUGUGAAAACAUUCAAACUUGAUACCUCAAGAGUGUGAUAAAAUUAGAUUUAAUAAAAAUCGUUAUGUACUAUCUAUCCGUGUUAAAAAUAAGUAUACCAUUUUGGGUCUUAUAAACUUGGAAAAACAAUUUUGUAUUGUAUUUUGUAUAUGACGAUACAUAUUAAAUCUAUCGAAGGUCAUAAAAUUCUAAUAGGAAUGCUUGCAUAAUCAUUUACAAAUUUUCUGUGAUAGUAUGAUAUCCAUAUUAAUUGAAAAAAAUGUUUGGAAUUUAAAUGAACUUACCGAUAUGCUGAUAUCUCACUAUAUUUAUAUGAUUCUUAUUACUAUACAAUAUCUACUUUGAUAAACACAUAUGAGUAUUUGGACUGUAUUUUAUUGACAUUUCAAACAGCAUGUUACCCAAGAGUUUGUUUCUCGUGAACCAACUGAAUCUGCCAUUUGACAAUAAUUAGCCAAAGAUUUAUCUAUAAUCUAAACAUUUUAGCAGAAAAUGAGUUACUCCUGUAGUGUGUGUACCAGGUUAAGGUUAGGCCAUAAUUUUAUUCCGAUUUUCCUUAUUUUAGUUCUAUUACGAGUCCGGAGACUGUCUGUGUUAGCCAAUUGAAUAUACUACCCACCCAUAGAUUUCAGUCCCUUUACACAACUUGAUGUAAAAUAGGCGAACAAAAUUAGUUUUCUCCAUAUUACCUCCCACACACUUCCGGAGCGCCGAAAAGGUUAUGGUAUUGCUUUUGUCGCAUUCCUUUUUAUGUAAAUAUGUAUAUAAUUUUUACUAUUAUUUUGAUUACUCUCACCAUCUGCUUUUCUUCAACCCUACCAUUUUUUUUGAUUCCUUUUUUUCUUUCCUCGUUU